GUGCAACCGGUGCUCAAAACUCCACUCGAGGGCUUGUGUUUUAAAACGGAUUUAGGAUACGGUAUAAGAUUCGGUGGAGGGUGCUACAUCCGAAAUGGAGUUUAGGAUGAGGAGAAGAGGAAGUUAUGAUGAUUCCACUCUGUCCAUAAAGCCUCACAUUCGUGGUCUGGCUCAGAGGAGACGUUCUGCACCAAACCUGAUGCUGGGGAAGGCUUUGGGAAUGUCAUGGAGCCCAAUAAGAGAAGAAGCUCAGUGUCUGGUGGCAUUGCAUCAGUGUCCAUUUGUACUAGGAUUGACCAAUGAGGACUCAGAGUUGAUUCUGGACGCGUUUGUUCACCUAACUGAAGGACUGAAGACCAGGGAAAGAUAUCUUUUCCUUCUCAGUGAUGCCCUGGUGAUUGCCAAGCUCAAGUCAGAUGCGAGCUACAGACUGAAACACAGGAUUGAUCUAAAGGACCUGUGGGUGUGCAGCUUAGAAAAUGAUGAAGAGGAGAUUGACAUUGAAGAUACAAAUAUUGAUUUAAGGACAUCUGUCGCAUUGGCCUGGUCUGUGUCUCUGUGCCUUGUGUCGUUCAGUCUACCUGAGCUGAAGGAUAACUGGUUGGAUACUCUACACAGUAAAACUGCAGAGGCGAGAUCGAGAGCAGGCAUCGCGUCAGCACCACCCAGCAUCCUCAUGAAGGUGUUGAGUAGUAAUACCACGAAUAAAACUCUAGGUGGAGUUGGGAUGGACUCUGUCAUAGAGCCUCUUGAUAGCAACGGCAAAGUCUCCACCUUCUCGAAACAGUUUCAAAACCAGGACGCGCAGCCAAUUGGAGAUAAUGGAGGCAAAAAGAGCUUGUUCUCUUUCAAGCUGAAGAGAAGCUCCACAAAUGUGGCAGCCCAUCCCGAAUCAAACACGAAGAGCUUGCUGUUUGGACGACAUCUCCAAGAUGAUACCACACUUCCCAAACCAAUUAUUGAAAUAUUGCUGCUGUUGUUCAGGAAGGGUCCGUUCACUGAGGGAGUCUUCAGAGUACCAUGUAACAGCAAAAACCUCAGCGCCCUCCGAGAUCAGCUGAACUCGGGUGCCGAGGUGGACAUGGAAGCCCUGCCUGUGACUCUAUUGGUUGGAUUGUUGAAAAUUUUCCUGAGGGAGCUUCCUGGAGGCCUGUUGGUGUUUGAACACUACGAAAGCUGGAUCAGCGCUCUGGAGAAAGAGAGGACGCAAGACGUUCAUAUUGAGCUGACGAGAAUGGCAGAGAAGCUGCCCAGAGCAAAUGGACUUCUGUUGAAGCACCUGAUGUGUCUGUUUCAUCACAUCAGUCAACGUUCAGACACCAACAAAAUGGACGCUAAGAACUUGGCGGUGUGUAUUGCCCCAACCCUCCUGCAUCGAGACAGCCAGCCGCUAGAUGUGGAUGAUGUUGAAAAGGUCACAAAACUUAUCAAGUUCCUCAUUGAACAUUGCUGUGAGGUAUUUGGGCAGACAGUCGUGACUCUUCUUGGGGAUUUAGAGGAGCAGGAGUCUAUAGACAAGUCAGAUUCAGCAUCUUUGAUGUCCCCGGAUAUAUCCUUCGACGUCCACCAGCAUGACUCAGCAUAUGACAGCACAGAUCCUGAUGGCGACUUUCUGGACACUGAUGGACAGUCUCGAGAGGACAAUGUGAUGCCACACGGAAGCCUGGCUAUAAGCAAGAUGGGACGUUCUGACAUUCAUUGUUGCUCCUCGGAUGCUAUAUUCGAAGCUUUUACAAAACCUAUCAACCGACGCUGCUCCGAACCCUCUAUUUUCCCCUUAGCCGACAUGACUGGUUUGAGACAGCUGGCUCGCAGCCAUGAUGACUUUUCCACAGAAAAGGAAGACCUUGAGGAUCAACCGCUGAAGAAACAGAGUUCUGAUGACUCUUUUCUACAUCCCAGUCGCUGCGAGAACAGAAGGACACAGACGUCCUUCAACAAACUAGUUGGGGGUUUAAACAUGAACUUACCCAUAAGCGCUUCUUCUCCUACAUCUAAGGCAGGUUCCUGCCCCUCCUUUUGUUCCUCAGAUAGCACCUCUUCAAACGUCUCAGAACAAUCAACAUCCACCUCCCCCCUUCCGUCACCCGAAAGCCCACGCAAAAGUCAGUCUACUAGGCACUCAUCCUUCAUAAGCAAGACUAGACCUAAUUCUGCUAAAGGUGAGCAAGAGACGAACCGACGAUCUCUCUCAAUGAGAGCCAAAAGCCUCAGCAUUAACUUCUCAUUCAGCAGAGGAAGUCUGAAGAAAGGGGAGUCCCAAAAGGACGUCGUCUUUCCGUGUGGAACUCUUCCGGAGGACUCGCAAAGCGAGGCGGAGAACCCCGAUGAGCUCGUCCGACGCCGACGACCUCUCUCCGCCAUUGAGGUCUUUCAACACGUGGACAGUCGGAUGCCAAGCUGCCCCCCAACCUAUGAGCAAGCUCUGCAGAACGGAGCCCAGCCGGCCCCCCCUCAGUACAGAGCCAUGACUGUACAACGCGCCAGAGAUCUGGACAGGAAAUCUCGCCCAAUGUCCAUGAACGAUUGCCUGCUGGACGUUUACAAAGUUACCGAACCCAUAGAAACAUUCACAGAAACAUUCACAGAAACAUUCACAGAAAGUGUUCGGUUAGAUGAAGCGCAGCCGGUUUCAUUCCGGCAGAGGACCAUGUCAGAAUCGGUUGCGCAGUCGAGACAUGAAAAAGUGUUGCGCAGGUGUAGUCAGCCCGUGUUCGAGGAACUUUCCCAUGCGAAAGAAUCUUAUGUAUGAGUGGUUCUUUAUUCAUUGCAAUGUUAUACUCCUGCUUAGGGAACUAAAUGUAAAAAUUUCAUCUACAGGUGUUAAGCUGAAACAUUUCACUUAGUGACACUCAAUGUGUUACCUUACAAGAGUGAUUUUAUAUGCUAAAUGUUUUCCUUCUAACUUUUGCCAGUAUGAAGCUAUGUAAAUAGACAAGUUACAAUAAUUAAGUUGUAUAGUAUGCUAUAGUAAAAUAAUAUACAGUGGUAACAGAUCAUCUUGAUAUAGUCGGAAUGUACAGUUGUAAAUAUUUUUAUGUUAUUGCUACUCUUUGUUUCACUACAAUAAAGACUCUUAGAUGCCA